CACCAUUUGCUUGUACCCUCACACAAACAAUAUUCUUUUAUCCAUAAUUAAAUGGCUUCCACUGCCAUGCCCUCACCACUCUGUGUUACCUUCCUUCUCUUCCUAUUAUUAUCGGGUGCUUCUUUUUACACCAUUGAGGCUCGUGAGCCAUUUGCUUGUGACCCAAAAGAUGCAAAGACAAAGGGCUUGCCAUUUUGCCUUGCGUCCUUAAAAGUAGAAGACAGAGUGAAAGACCUUAUUGGAAGGUUGACACUGCAAGAGAAGGUAAAGCUGCUAGGGAACAAUGCUGCAGCUGUGCCACGGCUGGGAAUCAAAGGCUAUGAGUGGUGGUCUGAGGCCCUACAUGGUGUUUCAAAUGUGGGUCCAGGAACUAAGUUUGGUGGGGACUUUCCUGGGGCCACUAGCUUCCCUCAAGUAAUAACCACCGCUGCUUCUUUCAAUGCAUCCUUGUGGGAAUCAAUCGGACGGGUAGUGUCAGACGAGGCAAGAGCGAUGUACAAUGGUGGUGUGGCUGGGCUCACGUAUUGGAGCCCAAAUGUGAACAUAUUCAGAGACCCAAGGUGGGGCCGUGGACAGGAGACUCCCGGUGAAGACCCCGUGCUAGUCGGUAAAUAUGCAGCCAGCUAUGUUAGAGGCCUACAGGGAAAUGACGGUAACCGGUUGAAAGUUGCGGCUUGUUGCAAACACUUCACGGCCUAUGACCUCGAUAAUUGGAACGGAGUUGAUCGCUAUCACUUUAACGCUAAGGUUAGCAAGCAGGACAUUGUGGACACAUUCGAUGUGCCAUUCAAAAUGUGUGUGAAGGAAGGCAAGGUAGCGAGUGUUAUGUGUUCCUACAAUCAGGUCAAUGGUGUGCCUACCUGUGCUGACCCUAAUCUCCUAAAGAAAACAGUACGCGGUGUUUGGGGUCUUGAUGGGUACAUUGUUUCAGAUUGUGAUUCAGUGGGGGUUUAUUAUGAUCAGCAACAUUAUACAUCGACACCAGAAGAAGCAGCUGCUGAUGCCAUUAAAGCAGGUUUAGAUUUGGACUGCGGGCCUUUCCUGGCUGUGCACACUGAGGAUGCAGUUAAAAAAGGCUUGUUGAAUGAGAAAGAUGUCAACACUGCUUUAGCCAACACACUCAAUGUCCAAGUGAGACUUGGGAUGUUUGAUGGAGAACCGUCCAAGCAUCCAUUUGGGAACCUUGGCCCAAAAGAUGUGUGCACCCCGGCUCACCAAGAGCUCGCCCUUGAAUCAGCCAGACAAGGCAUCGUUCUUCUCAAGAAUCGUGGGCCUUCACUGCCUUUAUCCACUCGGCGUUACCGUACUGUCGCUGUUAUUGGGCCUAACUCCAAUGUCACAAAUACUAUGAUUGGCAACUAUGCUGGUGUUGCAUGUGGAUACACUAGUCCCCUACAAGGAAUUGGGAGGUACAUAAAGACAAUUCACCAACAGGGUUGCGCCGACGUAACUUGUGCCGAUGACAAGCUCUUUGGUGCAGCACUUAACGUUGCUAGUCAAGCAGACGCAACAAUUUUAGUGGUUGGGCUUGACCAAACUAUUGAGGCAGAAUUCAAGGAUAGAGCUGGGCUUGUUUUACCAGGCCGCCAACAAGAGCUUGUAUCUAAGGUAGCUGCAGCCUCAAAGGGUCCAACCAUACUGGUGUUGAUGUCUGGUGGGCCUAUUGAUGUGGCUUUUGCUAAGAAUGAUCCACGCAUUCCUGCCAUCUUAUGGACCGGUUACCCGGGCCAAGCCGGAGGAGCUGCCAUUGCUGAUGUCUUGUUUGGAGCAUAUAACCCAGGGGGCAAGUUGCCUAUGACAUGGUACCCACAAGAUUAUCUAAAAAAUUUGCCUAUGACAACCAUGGCAAUGAGGUCAAGCCAAUCCACAGGCUACCCAGGAAGAACCUACAGAUUUUACAAAGGUCCAGUAGUGUACCCAUUUGGGUACGGAAUUAGCUACACAAAAUAUGUUCACACCAUAGCUAGUGCUCCAACUGUGAUUUCUAUUCCCCUUGAUGGUCGCCAUGCUCGUGGUAACACAACCACAUCUGGUAAAGCAAUCAGGGUGACCCAUGCAAAAUGUAACAGGCUCUCAAUAGGAGUGCAAGUAGAUGUGAGAAACAAAGGCUCUAGGGAUGGCUCUCACACUUUGCUUGUAUUUUCUACACCACCUGCUGGGCAUUGGGUUCCACACAAACAAUUGGUAGCCUUUGAGAAAGUACAUGUCCCAGCUAGGGCUCAACGGCGAGUCCUGAUUAAUAUACAUGUGUGCAAGUACCUUAGUGUUGUGGAUAAGUCUGGAAUUCGAAGAAUUCCAAUGGGUUUACAUAGUCUUCAUAUUGGUGAUACCAAACACUCAGUGUCAAUCCAAGAAGCAAAACUUGGUGUUAUCAAGUCUUAAAUUUCUUCGUGGAAGGACACCCAUGUGCCAUUUUUUGUUAUGGCAAUUGUAUCAUGGUCAUGGGCAUAGUAGAGAAUAUUUCUAGAUACUAAUUAGCACUCAUUAUUUUCAACUAUUACAGUAGGCAUUUCAAGGUACAGAUUGAAGGAAAUAAUGGUCUACAAGAAGGAAAAUAGGAAAAAAAAUUACAAAGAGCGGAAGUUUAAAGAUUGCUUUGUAUUUGUAUGAAGAGGAAAGGAUAGAGUGAUAUACCAAUCUAUUCUUCCAUUUGAAAAAUUUUCCCCAAUUUUUUUCUAAUAUUGAGAUUGUAAUUUGGCUUUGAUAUUGAAGCCGAUUAUUUCAAUUGUGCUCCUAUUGUAAUAUUUUGAGUGAGCUUAGUAUGUAACAUGCAUGACUAUGGUCAUGUCAUUAAUUUGUUGUGCA